AUAAUUAUUGCUAAAGUAAUCACAAGGGGGUGGUAGACAGUAGCAUUUGAAUUUAUGAGCCAGCAAGCGCAAUAAAGCAACACUCAGCGGAAAAUCAAGAUGGCGGACGAAAAGCCACGAUUUUACACUUUGAGAAAACACAAGAAAAAAUCCAUUGUAUUUGCAGCUUUUGGUUUGUGGCUGGUGAAAUAUGGAGUUAAUAGGUUUAGGGAAUAUUUGACAAGGAGAGAAUUUUGUCAGGAAGCAAAGGUGUAUGCAGAAGAAACGACGCCUGCAUUAAAGAAACCGAGACGGUUUAUGUUGUUGUUCAAUGCAACGGCUGGGAAAGGUGAGGCAGAAAAGCUUUUUCAGAGAAAUGCAGAGCCACUCUUUCAUCUUGCUGGAUUAGACGUAACGAUCAUCAAGACUGAUUAUGAAGGUCAAAUCAAGACACUGAUGCAGUAUUUGGAUCCAAGUAUUGAUGGGAUUAUCGUUGCAGGAGGAGAUGGUACAUUGCUUGAAGUAGUCACAGGAUUACUGAGAAGACCAGAUCAGGAACAGCUUUCCAAAAUUCCAUUUGGGGUAAUCCCAAUUGGUACCAAAAACACAUUUUAUAAAAAGAUCUUUGGCAACAGUGAACUAGCCCAAGCAAAGGAGAUUGGUCAAGCUGCUAUGGCUAUAGUCAAAGGCAACACUCAUUCUAUUGAUGUUAUGGAAAUUAAGGGAGAGGGAGGAAGACCUACCUAUGCAUUAAGUGGAUUACAGUGGGGAGCAUUCCAGGAUGCUGCUGAAAGCUACGACAAAUAUUGGAUUACUGGUCCAUUCAGAAAGAAGAUGGCAUAUAUUGCUGCUACAUUCAAAAAUUGGCCACCUACCCAUCAAGCACUCUUAUCAUACCCCACUAAGUUUACCCCUAAUAACACAACUCUACCUGCGAGCUCUACAAGCAAGACUGGUGGUCUGAUAACCUCACCCCUUACUGCACGCACCAUGGCAAGUGUAUUAGAUGCUCAGGGUGAAAUAAAUGACGGCAGUGGAAGUGGUUAUUGCACCUUAGACGGAUGGGUUCACAACCCAUUGGAAACUCUUGGAAUGUCAAUACACUUAAUAAAAAAUAUUCAGGGUAAACCAGCUCUCAAUGUAAGAGUAUGGCCUCCAGUCUUACCAAAAAUGGAUUUCAUAAAGAUGGGCUGGAAAAUGGAUAAAAAUAGUCAAGAAUCUGAUGGAGAAUCAGAAACCUUUAAAUGCCUUGAAGUACAAGAACUUAAACUAGAACCCAAAGACGAGGAAGGUUCAUGGUUUAAUAUUGAUGGAGAACCUUUUGAUGCUCGACCUGUACAUAUCACACUUCACCCAGACAAGUUGAAGGUCUUUUGUGGCAAAGAUUAGGUGGAUAUCAGCCAUACACUGGACACCGAUCAACACAAAACAAGAGAGAUACGAAAUACGAGAAACUUGAGUUUAAGAAAUAAAAAAUUCAAUUUUUUAUUCA